AUGAGUUUUUUUUCUUUCCCUUUUGAAGUGAAAACUACUUCUUCCUUUACCUGGAAGCUAUGUCUGGAUUUGUGGUUUUGCUGUUUACCCACUGUCAUACAAGGCUGCCAGAAUGUUUUCAUUUCUAAGCCAUAUAAAUUCACAGUUAAUCAUUGGCUGUAUUUAGGGCUCACUCCUGGAAUUUUCUUUUUCCUUUCAGUUGAAAGAGACAAGGACUUUUCACACCACCGACGGCACUACAAGGAAUUCCGAUUUGACCUCACUCAAAUCCCACGUGGGGAAGCCGUCACAGCAGCAGAAUUCCGCAUCUACAAGGAUCGGAGCAACAAUCGCUUUGGGAAUGAAACUUUAAAGAUUAGUAUUUAUCAGAUCAUCAAGGAAUAUUCAAAUAGAGAUGCAGACCUCUUUUUGUUAGAUACUCAGAGAGUUCCUGCUUAUGAAGUUGGUUGGCUGGUGUUUGAUAUUACAGUGACCAGUAACCACUGGGUGAUUAAUCCGCAGAACAAUCUGGGGUUACAACUGUGUGUUGAAACAUCAGAUGGUAAGUUCCUAUUUCUAUAG